UCGUGGCGAGCGUACGCGUAUCUUAUGCGCAUCGUGUAUAUAUCGCGCGCGUCUAAUAAGCUCCGAUUUUACGCGUCCCACAAUCGUACGACCACAUGCGAGCGAGCGAUCCACAUGCGGUUCACCGACGGAAUUAACGAACGAGGGAACGGAUUGUCGCAUUGGGGACAAUCGCGAGGGUCAGCGAACAAACAUUAUUAGUGAACGUGAUUCAUACGACGUAUUUUUCCAUCGCAAAAAAGGAAUUCGCGGAGAUUCGUGGUUAAACUCGCGUGGCGGUUAAUUUCUCGCGAAGAGCGGACGAGAAAGGAGUGAUAUGAGUGCUGAACGUAGGAUCUUUCGUGACGUUAAACGGCGAUCGAGUCGCGAGCGGUUCGAAGGAAAUACCAUCGAGUGAUCGCGCACGCCACGCGCGAGGAAGACCGGACGUCGCGCGCAAACAGGAUCGACUGGAUCGGGCUAAUAGCGAGAGAAGGAGAGGGAGAGGAGGGUCGAGAAGGACGAGAAGGACGAGAGAAGAGCGUAAUAGCAGUGUGUUCUUUUAUUGGUUGCGUGAGGAAAGCGAACCUACGCGUGCGGCAAGAGACGGGAAAGUGAAGACGAGCUGGAGGACGGCCGGGUGGAAAUAGCCUCGAGGUGGAAAGGAAGGUGAAAAAGAUGAUGCGGUGCCAUCCGAUCGUUCUCCUCGUCGGCCUGCUCACCAUCGUCCGCGCUCAAGGGGUCCCGCGAACAUUUUCGGCUAGGCCUUACCGAGGAGGGCCGCCGUUGUCAGUGAGAGCGAUUCUCGGUGGGACGGCCGUGUUGCCAUGCGACAUACAUUCACCGCAACGCAACGAUUCAGCUAUCUUAAUCGUCUGGUACAAGAAUGACGUCGUCCCGAUCUACAGUUAUGACCUACGGCAAAAUAGUAAAGCGGCGACGCAUUGGCAGGAGGAACAGUAUUUCAAGAACAAUCGGGCGUACUUCCAGACAACAACGGAGCCAGCAGUUUUGAACAUUUACCUUAUAAAGGAGCAGGACGAAGGCGAAUACAGAUGCCGAGUGGACUUUACUACAAGUCCGACUAAAAAUACCAGAAUUCAUCUAACGGUGAUAGUGCCGCCGCAAAAGCCAAAGAUUAUCGACGAACAUGGCGCCCCUGUCGACAAAGUCGCCGGCCCUUACGAAGAAGGCGGUGACAUGGCACUGCAGUGCAUCGUCUCUGGGGGCCAUCCCGAACCCAGAGUAAGAUGGUGGCGCGGAGAGACGCUUUUAGAUUCUAAAGAUGAGCCAGGCGGGUUCCCUGAAGUUCGUCAGAAUAUGUUGAUAGUGAGAGAAUUAUCAAGAGCAGAUCUUCACGCAACAUUUGACUGUCAAGCAUCCAACAACAACAUCAGUCAACCCGUGUCGACGUCGGUAGCAAUUGAAAUGUAUCUGAGGCCCCUGAGCGUGACGAUACUCAGCAACGAACAGGCGCCCCUCAGCGCCAAUCGGAAGUACGACAUUAACUGCAUGACAAUCGGUUCAAGGCCGGCGGCCGAGCUGUCCUGGUACAUGGAAGGCAAGAAGCUCACUAAUCACACGGACGAGGUGUCGCAGGAUGGCAAUAUGACGACUUCCAUCUUAACGUUUCAACCCACUUUAUCGCACCACGAUAAAGUUAUCACGUGCAAAGCUGUGAAUCCCAAAUUCCAACGUCACAUAGCGGAAGACACGUGGCAAUUGAACAUUUAUUUUAUCCCUAUAUUGACCCUGCAGCUCGGCUCGAAUAUGAAUCCGGAUGACAUCGAGGAGGGCGAUGAUGUAUAUUUCGAGUGCAAUGUCAACGCGAAUCCGGAUGCCUACAAAGUUGUAUGGAAACAUAAUGGCAACGUGAUUCAGAAUAACGCGAAGAAUGGCGUGCUGGUUCAGCAAUACAAUUUGGUUCUCAGAGUGGUGAAUCGGUCCCAGGCCGGAAAUUACAGCUGUGUCGCCAGCAAUGUCGAAGGCGACGGCUUCAGUAACAUCGUCGAGCUUAAGAUCAUGUACAAGCCGCUCUGCGUGCCGGAUCAAAAACGCAUCUAUGGAGUGGCGAGACACGAGGACGCCCAUGUAAUAUGCAAGGUCGAGGCAUAUCCGGCGCCGCAAAACUUUCAGUGGACUUUCAACAAUACCGAAGAGAUGGUCGAUGUGCCGAAGGCGCGUUUCGAAAAUUCGACCAGACAUACUCAGAGCGUGCUCACAUACCGUCCGGUCACGGAAAUGGACUAUGGCACCGUGCUCUGCUGGGCGACCAACGCGGCUGGCAAGCAGAAGAAUGCCUGCAUAUUUCACAUCAUUCCUGCGGGCAAACCGGAAGCUCCGUACAACUGCACGCUGACCAACCAGACCACCGAAUCACUCUCGGUGGAAUGCACCGCUGGUUUUGACGGUGGUCAACCUCAACACUUCCUCCUUGAAGUGUUCGAUCAGCACACGGGGGUCCUGCAGGCCAACAUCACAUCCAGAGAGAAUGCGGCUUUCACCGUGCAAGGCUUGGAGCCGGGCAAGAUUCUGAAUAUGAUCCUGUACGCGGUGAACGCAAAAGGGAGAAGCGAUCCUGCACUGAUAGAAGGUUUCACGCUCAAAAUCGCCGAGAAGCAGACCGGUACUCCGGUACCCUUCGAGUUCACCCCACUACUCGGGGGUCUGAUCGGCGUGGUCGCCGCACUUUUGCUCGUCACCGUCACUAUUCUGGCCGCGCUGAAAGUGAGAAGCGAGAGACGAGCUCAAAGGCCGGGCGAUUUACCUCUGAAGAAGGCCACCGCACCGAGCUCGGAGGACCUUUACGACGCGGACGAUAGAAAUCCCGACGUUGUACCGACCAACAAAGAUUCAGAUUAUCAGCUGACGGGCUCGACUUCUGGCACACCAUUGGCAACGCAAAACACACCGGAUGGUCUUCCAUCGUCCCUUCCGGCCCAGCAGACGAAUAAUCACCUACAAGGACUUCCCGCUUAUUCGCAUAACGACUACAACAACUAUCCUACCUUGCCGUUAUCCGGCGAGGUGACAUACGCUGAGCUGUGCUUGGCGAGGCCCACCACUCUGUCGACUCUGGCGACCGACGCCAAAUUAGCCAGCCUCGGCAGCGGCCUGGGCGGUCUUCAGGGUUACGGCAGCGGUCUUGGGGUGAUCGUGGGUGGCAAACCGUACACGAAAGAGGCUACGGUAUACGCCUGCAUCGACCAUAACGCCAGGCCGACCAAGGUGGACGUCUCCAAUGCGCCGUCGUGUGCAACCACUCCCUUGUCGACGGCAAACGUGCUCCAGGACUCCACCGUGUCCACCGUCAUGAGCGGCAAGCAGCAUCAUCCGGCGAGAGAGGUCGUCACUGUCCGCACGCCUCUGAUCUCGACCCAGGAAAGUUGCGUAUAGGGACGCGACUCCGACGCGCUCAACGUCAACGAGUAUUACGUCUGAUAUGGCCGCGGGCUCGUGGCGAUUGUGCGCGUCUUCAUAGCCGAUUUAUCGAUGCUUGGACUGACGGUUACAUUCCCAGUAACGUCCACAGAUUCUCGGGAAAAGAUAUAUUUAAUGAUGUGAAUUGUGAGUUUCGUCCGAACGCGCGAGAUAAUCGCGCGACAUGACCACUCGCUCUCUCUCUCUCUCUCUCUCUGGUACAAUGACUAUGAUUUUACCGGAUGACAGUGCUCGUAAAUGGAUAAACUUCUAAUCGUCACAGAUGACGUCGUACAACGAGAAGAAUGAUCGAACUACUACAUUUCGGUAACAACUGAAUGCAUCAAAGAAUACGCAAUGAAAAAAAAAUUAGAUCUCUUUAGAUACAAUCUAUUCGUACGAAUCGCAAUUCUCUUACUGAGACAAUUGGUGUUUUAAAAAUUCAGGACUAGCCAAAUAAUUUGGAAGAAUACAUAUCGAAAUAUUCUGAUAUCGGUCAGCAACAAAGAUUUAAUGCCUUUGCUUGGGUAUUCUAUUGUGUUCGAAAUACAAAAUAUGGCUGACUUGAAUUCUGUGUAAUGCAACAUCAAUACAACCAUAUCAUAUGAAAUUUUUAAGAGAAAUAUCAGAAUAAUCGCUGCCAAUUUUCAAAGAAUUUAAAGACUGCUUUUAUUUUCAGCAAGUCAUCAUAAAAGCAUGCAGAAAAUACUUAACAGAAAGAAGUUCUGAAUUCUGAAUCUAAGCCAAAAUUACAAAAAAAAAUUCUGUAUUCUAGAAAAACAUAUUCGUGAAAUUCACUUUAAAUUAUAUAAAAACUUUAUAUUAAAAACAGAUAUUUCUAUUCUGACAGACUAUCGAAUGAGGCCAUAAGAUUGAAAAACGAAUUUAUUCAUAGAUAUCGGCCAUUCUCACAUGAUCGUUCCGAUUCGAGAAAUAUUAUCUAAAAAUCCACAAAGAUUCAGUCGUGGAAGAUCCUAUCGAUUGACUGGAAUAGCCGGUCGAGUGGAAAGAAACAUGUCCAAAAAUCUAGGUUUCCGCAUUCCGAGGAUGUUCGUACCGCAAGAGGCGAGAUCGAUGUUCCUGUGUCUUGCAACGGCGAAUGUAGAUUUUCUAUCCCGAGAGUAUACUUUGUAUUACAAAGUAGGUACGGGGAUAAAGAAGAUCGUCGCGUUGAGUGUAUUUUCGUAGAAUGGGCGCGUCUUUAUCGGCGAUAUGCUCUUUCCUUCUCUCUUUUAGAGUAUCGCGUCGAUUACGUCGCACCAAGUGCAACGAUAAAUUUCGAGAACGGAAAAGAUCCGCCUCGCUGAGAGAAGAUCGACUUAUUCCACGAAAAUCCUAAAAAUAUUUCCGCGCUAGCUACGACGCGAAACAAGCGUGCCGUAUAAAACACAGGAUGUUACGAAAAUCCGACGUAAUAAUUUUCUCAAUGUCGAAUACAUUUUUCUUCUUUCGCUAUUAAUGCGUAAUUUCGUUCCGCCAUCAAAAAAUGCUCACUUUUACGGGCCAUCCAAUUUUCAAUCGUUUCGAUAUCGAUAUAAAAUGCAAGCCCGAUAAUAAAAUUUUUCUCCGCGCAAUAUCGGCUUAAUUAUCAAGAAAAUAAUUAAAUAAUUAAUCAGUCAAAUGCUGGUGUUCGACAGUUGAUCGAUCUUUCUAAAAGGGAAUGUAUGCACAUAAUUAGUUUCGUUCGGCGUGGCGUGUUGCAGUGAAAAUGUCAGCUAUUCACGCUACGAGCUGAUUAAUUAAAUCUCGGAGUAUCGACAUUUAUUCUCCGACUUAUUUACAGUAUGCCGCACACCAAGGAAACUUGCAAGGUAAGGUAAGAGUAAAUUUGCUGACUAUAAAAUAAGCGGAACUAUCGAUCUUCUGCCUCGCGGUCCAGACUCGUUCUCUGUCCUUCUAUCGUUACAUCUUUCUAGUCUAUUUACAUGACUUUCUCUAUCUAAAUGCACGAUGUAUGAACGGAACAAUAUUUGCGCGUUUACGUGCAAAACAGAGUGCGCGGAAAAUUCAGAAAAGUCGAAUUUUCACAAUAAUUGAAAAGAACGUUCUUUCAAGAUGACCUGAUAUACAUCCUCGUAUAUGCGUAAGACAUUGUAAAUAGUAACUUUUCCUCGAGAAUGAGGACACGGAAUAAAUUUAGACUAAUUAUCGAAAUUACCAUGUGCGUUGAGAGCUAACUGCGCUCCGAAAAUAUGUAUAUUAAUUCUAAUUAACAAACGUACCUUGUACACUGCGCAUCGUUCAAUAGCGACGAGCAUCUAUGAAUUAUCUGUAAUUACGUUUAGUUCGAUCGGAGGAUAUUUUGCGACGGGAUCGUAAUUCGAACCGUGAACAAAGAGACAAUAACGUUGCAGAACUGCUAAAUUAAAAGCGGCCCGCGAACGGUCAAUUACAUCGUGAUUGGUCAAUUACUUUCAACUUAAUUGGAAUUUGAGCUUGCUUGGGGGGAUAUCGGUUCUAAAGAAUAUUUUAUUUCUUAUUUGGUUAUCGAUUUUUAUAUUGUUGGCAAGACGAGUUUACUUACGAUCGUGUAUAUUAAAACUGGCUAUUCAAACUUACAAGGAAUACUAGCAUCAUAGUGAAAAUAAUUAAAGAGAAGAGAGCGCCUGAGAACAUACGAAAAGUAUUAUUUAAAAAUAAUGAAGGCUUGAAUUUAAUUUAUAUUAAAUCGCAACACAUUAAACACGAUAUAAUUCAUCGUGCAGCGGCCGAUUUAUCUUCACUUCCCGUCGAUCCCUAAACGAACAGAUUGACGUGACGUGCGUUAUUUUACGACGAAAUCUUGUGGACAAAAUCCUGUGUCCUAGGACUGCCAAAACGCGCACAACCCCACACGACUGCCAUGUCGCAUUCAUUUUCAUUAAGUUCGUCGUCGAAAUAACGAAGAGCGAUCGAGGAGUACCUUUUGCGCGUCGCCGUACGUUGUGCACCGUACAAAUGUACACGCGUGUACAUCUUAGAGAUAUAUAUUAUAUAUAUAUAUAUAUACAUAUAUAUAUAUAUAUAUAUAUAUAUCAGUUUCCGUCGCGUAUACGCAGCGGAGACAAAAGUGUAAAUACCUUGUACAUAAGGACAUCGAAAAAAGAGAGACUUUAUUUGAAGAUGCCCGAGGUUAAACCCCUACGUCUUCUUUGAGGGACGACACAGAACAGGCACGAAGGAUCGUUAUCGACGGAUCCAUUAACGACAUUACAAGGUACGUACCCAGAACAAUCGUAUCGAGCGAUAUCGCAUUAGCAGUACGUGAGAAAGGAAAGAGAUAAUAAUCGUAACGCGCAAAUUCUCUCUCUUCUCAGCAAAACCGCCUUCAAAUUUUGCGAUUAUUAUUUUGUGCGAGCUAUCAUUGAAUUUCUUAUUUUAUUCGAGCCCGUUAAUCGUUUGACUCGAGUGCUUUAUUCGUCUUUCCUAUGGCUAAUCGAUAUUAACGUACGACGUAAUUCGUUAUUGACCAUCGUCGUCGUCGGCCGGCAAAACGCGAAGAAGGCCGACGUGACGAGCGUUCCUUCGUGUACGCCCCUUCGUAAUUUGUAAGAUAUAUGCUCCGAUGUACAGCGCCGAGAUAUUUUUUCAGAGUGUGCGUAAUACAAUACCUCCGCGUAUAUCGUAAAGUCUUGGGCGCCCAAUUAGGCAAGCCUAUUUAAAGAGAGGGCGGAACUGUAUAAUUAAACGAUUGGGAUUGCAAUUAAUGGUCAGACAAAGAAAUAAAGAUACAUAUAUAAGUACGUGUGCGUAUGUGUGUAUGCACAAUGUGUGCCUGUGCUGUGUGAGCGCAAAUAUGUGAAUCUAUCUUUUACUAUGUACGAUACUGUGCGGUAGCUCAGCAAUCGAAAUCGAGGAUUAAGAAUAAAAAAAAAAAGAAAAAUAUAUAUGUAUGCAUGCGCGCUUUUUCCACUAUUCUUUGUGUUUCUUUGUAUUGUUAAAAAAUCAAUUAGCCCUUCCACGCUCACUUUUUUUGGUUUUGUGAAGAAAAACCUCUUGCUCGCAGACAAAUCUAAAGACAUUGUUAUAUCUGAGUUAUUUUUAGCUAUUUAAACUCGCGUUCUUUUCUUUCCAUUAUAGUUAGAAUAUCGCAGUUAUUUCGCAAUAAAGAAUUUUCAAGAAUUCAUGGAAGGGUUGAGAUGAAACGACUCUUUUUCUUUCACGUCCGGCGCUCGAACGAGAUCGAAGUGGACGAAGAAAAGAAAAUUAUACCUCGAGUGCUCCAAUUGAACCUACAUAAAAUCGAUUUUCUCUUCUCGACUUAAAAGAUAUCUAACUAUACUGCCUGAACUAUUGUUCUUUUCUUUUAUGCCCCUUUCUUGUAAAUUAUAUUCUGAUAUAAUAUAUAAUCUUUGAUAUUGCCAUAUAUAACAAGAACAAGAUAACAUCACUCAAUUACUACGUUCUUGAAUGAAAUCCUGCAAUCAUGGCUAAAUAAUACUGUUCUUUAGAUUUGCAAGUUAAAAUUGUUCUCCAUAAAAUACAAAAAGAUCGCUUUUAGAGAAACAUUUUAAACGUUGAAACGUAACAAUGCGUCAGCUUGAUGAAAUGAUAUCUUCAUACGUACUAUUCCAUACUGCCUUGUAUUACACACGUUGCACAACAAUAGCUGCAGUGCAGUGGAUCACUCGGUAUGUACAUCGACGCGUAUCCAUACACAUAUACAAAAGUUCGAUUGGCGAAGUCCUUCCGGUUUCGCAGGUAUUUUAAGCACGCGCUCCGUUAACGAUCGCGCUCCGGUUUCUCCUCGCGCCUCCUCCCUAAAUUCUCGCUUUUCGCAUGCUACAAUACAUUCCACGUUUCCUGUCAAAUACCGCGGGUACGUGUGAAUGCGGCUCGUUUCGUCGACGUGAAAAUUUCGAUAGUAAUAAAGAAACGAUGGCCGCGUGGAGUUCCGCGAAGCGAACCGAUUUCACGUUCAUGCAAGGAAUGACGCGCGAAAUGAACAAUUACGAGCCUGAUAUGUGUUGGUGCGAUCUUAUGCUUCCGAUUGAUCGUUUCAGUAGUUUAAAGUGCAUCGCGUUAUACAUCAUUACGUUGAUAAGAUAUUCAGAUUAUUUUCGUACGAUUGAAAUUUUUACGAGAUAUAUGAUAUUAACAAUUACUUACAAUUUAAUAUAAAAUUAAUAUGAA